AUGGGUCCCCACUCUGCUCCUGUUGCGCUGCAAGCUUGGAAGCUUGGAAGCCUGCACCUCCCCUCCCCUUGCCCUGCCAUGCACGUUUCGACCGCGACCGCGCCUUCCAGCUUGGACGUACUUGCCCAGACAUGGAACCCAGCAGCUAGUGGGGUCUCUCCGUACGCAUCCUGGCUUCAAGAGAAACAGCAGCGUCUGCCGCCACAGCCUGCAGACAACUCGAGGGCUUGUCAAGACUCGAGGAGCCUACUAGAGGCCUGUCCGGCAACCCAUUUCGACGACCCCCGAUGCCAUGGGCCCCAAACCGUCCAAAGUCGAGCCAACAAUGGACCAGAAUCACCAACGCGCUUCCCAAAGCCCGGUCGUGUUUUCGCGUUGCCGGUCUCCGCAACUCACCCCGUCUUCCACUUCCUCGACCGCUUUCUCGUCUUUCUCUGGUCGCUCCUGAUCCAAUUCGUCUCGGACCCUCCCUCUCCCCGGUCGACCCCUUCUCCCCUCGUCCUUUCCGAUACCCGUUCGCCGAUCCAGUCAUACGCCGAAGCUUCCCCGCCAGACCACGCCAUAACACCACACGGCUGCUCCAGUAUCUCUUCUCAGCGAGUCGGUCAAUUCAGGCGGUCUUACAAUACCGACGCCGCCGCCCGGAACACCAAAACCGCACCAGGAACGUCAAAAUUCGCGUCAGCGACGACACCUGAGCUGAAGAAGGAUUCGGCCCUCCUCCGACCGAAUCCCCCAGUGACUAAGACUUCGGAAUACGCUCGAGUGCCCCUCCCUGUCGAGCCGUCCAUCAGCUAUUCGCCCGUCUGCGUCGCCUCCUCGGCGGUUUAG